AAGGAACACAACAGUGGCAACAGUGCAGUGGCAUGCAUAUGGUGUGUGUUUGUAUGUGUAUGUGUGGGUCUGGAAGUCCAGUAUUUGCUCACUGUCACUCAUCUGUGAAACAACAUGGAGAACAGCCACAUUUUCUUGUACUUCGCAUACGGCAGCAACCUGCUGAAGGAACGUCUGCAGCUCAAAAACCCCUCUGCAGCAGUUCACUGUGUGGCCUGGCUCAAGGACUACAAAUUAGGGUUUGGCAACUAUAAAGGUGUCACCAGUAAACGGUGGCAUGGAGGUGUAGCCACUAUAGAGCACAGUCCAGGGGACGAGGUGUGGGGUGUGGUGUGGAGUAUGAACAUGUCGGAUUUGGAGUCUCUAGACAGGCAAGAGAAUGUCACAUUAGGGGGUUACCGUCCCGUGGAGGUGUCCGUGAAGACAAAAGGCCAGGAACUAAAGUGUCGGACGUACAUAAUGAACAACUGUGUGUAUGCCCCACCAUCACCACAGUACCUACAGGUGAUUGUGAUGGGAGCAGAGCAGAACGACUUGCCAAAGGACUACCAGGAGAAGCUGAGAGCAAUCAAGACCAACAUGUAUGAAGGUCCUUCAUCCAUGAUGGAUGAACUGGAGAAAGCCAGACAAAGAGCUACAGAGUGUUCCAACCACCCUUCUGACGCUUGACAUUUCCACAUAUUGCAGGUUCAUUUUUAGUAUAGGUUGCAACAGUGUAUUCAGCUGAAUACAGCGUAGGGCAUUGGUUCUCAAACUUUUAUACCAAGUACCACCAGAGGAAGCUUGCAUACCACUGGUGCUACAUGUAUCACAGUUUUUUUGAGAACCAUGGGCUUAAGGCUUGAGUCUGUAGUUUGUUUCUGAAACACAAAUAAAGUUAUCUUGUGGACGAAAAAAAAAAAAAAUCAAGUUA